ACCUGAGCCGUUCUGAUUAGGCUAAUGUCUUUGAAUAUUUUGGACGUCUUUGGUGUGUUUAUAUGGACCACUGAUACACAAAUCUAGUCUAGUCUAAAUAAAAAAAGGCCAAGCAUCUGACCCCUUACAUGUGAGUAUGGAUUUGUUUGAAGACCUUCCAGAACCUGGUAAAGCAGGUAGCAAACUGUUUGGAGACCUUCCAGGACCCGGUAAAGCAGGUAGCAAACUGUUUGGAGACCUUCCAGGACCCGGUAAAGCAGGAAGAAAACUGUUUGGAGACCUUCCAGGACCCGGUAGAGCAGGUAGCAAACUGUUUGGAGACCUUCCAGGACCUAGUAAAGCAGGUUCAAAGGACUCAAAUUCCAAUCAAUCGUUGUCCCUAUAUGAUGACACGCCUAUCAACAACACACAGGCAUCACAGAAUACUGCAAUUGAAGAACCCAAGCGCAAGAAUGUCAGUGAUGCAUUGACACCUGAAAAAAAGCUCAAAAGUUCAGUUCAGUUUGAAUUGGACAGUUACCUGACAGAGAGGCAGGGUGAGAGAGAAGAUAUGCAGGAUGCACACAUUAUCUUGAAAGACUACACUUCACUGUUCACCAGUCUACACCCUACCAUCUACCGCCUCUCCCUCUACGGCAUUUUUGAUGGCCACGGUGGAGUGCGUGCAUCGAGGUUUGCAUCUGAGAAUUUGCAUAAAAAUCUCCGAGAUAAAUUUCCUAAGGGUGAUGUGACUGCUGUUGAGAAGGACAUCAAGAAAGCGUUUGUGGAGGCUUUUAAGAAAACAGACGAUGAUUUCCUAAAGGAAGCAGGGCGGGCGAAACCCUCAUGGAAAGAUGGGACAACCGCCAUUGUUCUGCUGAUUAUCAAUGACACCAUGUACAUUGCCAACAUCGGAGACAGCCAGGCAGUUCUGUGCAGAUAUAAGGAGGACACCAAGACUUGCGCGGCGGUCCCUCUCAGUGUGCCACACAACCCGUCCAUGUAUGACGAGAGGAUGCGAAUACAGAAACAGGGCGGAUAUGUCAAGGAUGGCAGAGUGAUGGGGGUGCUGGAGGUGUCCAGGUCCAUUGGAGAUGGCCAAUACAAGACCCUGGGUGUGACCUGUGCACCCGAUGUCAAGAAAUGUCAGAUUACUGACAAUGAUAGGUAUGUCAUCAUGGCCUGUGAUGGUCUAUGGAAGUGUUUUCAACCGGAGGACAGCAUCAAGUUUGUGAACAGCAUACUGGAGGGAAGUAAGGAGGCUGUAACCAGGACCAGCAGCCAAUCAGAGAGGUUUGAUACGGCGUGCAAUAGACUGGCCAAUGAAGCCGUACUGAGAUUCAGCGGGGACAACGUCACUGUGCUAUUGUUGGCAUUGCAUAAAAAUAGGCCAGCCACUUAGCGAUAGUGAAAAUGCAUUAUAUAGCAAAAUAUCUUGAAUUUAAACAAAAGUGAAAACCAAGAAAGGAACUGGGUUUGAUACCAUAUGAGCCUUGUUUUAUGAAAAUUGAGCAAAAUGCAUGUGCGUAAUGUGUUGUCCCAGAUUAGCCUGUGCAGUCCGCACAGGCUAAUCAGGGAUGACACUUUCCGCUUUACUGGUAUUUUUCGUGUAAAGGAAGUCCCUUUUUACCGAAAAUCUAGUAAAAGCGGAAAGUGUCGUCCCUAAUUAACCUGUGCGGACUGCACAGGCAAAUCUGGGAUGACACUUUACGCACAUGCGUUUUGCCCAGUUUUCUCAGAACGCAACUCAUAUUAUGAGUUAAACUCUAUAGAUCUUUGCCAAUGGAGAUGCCUUCAGCUUCUUAAAAUCCAAGACUUCUUAACGACUAAAUGUCACCAACUUGGAGGAAUAAGUCCAUAUCAUCAGUUCAAAAUUAGCAGCAUUUUGCAAAAAUGGGUCUUAUGCCAUAUGAGGCCAGUGUAGCUGCAGACCAGCCUGUGAAUCUGCACACUCUGGUCAGGUUCGCUAUUUAGUCACACAAGGUUUGAUGGUGGGAUUAUUGGGCGUGGUUGCUACUGACCAGCCUGCGCACUGCACAUUGGUAUGUAGCUGAGCUGGCAGCAAAUUGCAUUAGACCAAUUUUGGCGUGACACUGCACAAAUGUGACCACAGUAACUGAGCCCUGGCAUUUCCGUGAGGUUGUGCAGGUGGACCUUUCUCACAAAUUAUGGCCAUAGAAGAAGACUAUGGCAAUGUGGUGUAUGGAAACUUUUGGUUUUGACGAUUAAUUGAGUUUUGUUAGGAUCAGAUGGCAUAAAAAUGGCAGCAUAAUCGAUUUUGAUACAAAGUUAUUUUUGGAGUUGUUUUGAAUGCUGUUGUUCUUUAAUGAAUUUAAGUAGUGUUGCUUAAACAACUUUUACUUGUAUAUUUGUUAUCCAAAUUUGAUUAAU